AUGGCUUCAAAGCCUGUAGCCGACGCCAUAGCCACGGCGCAGUCCUCGCCCGAUCAAGCAGCUGCCUUUGAAUCCCUCAUCAAGAGCGUCAAGAGCAUAUCGUCACCCUCGUCCAUCUCGGUUGACCUCAGAGCCAUAGUCGAUGCCUUAUUCGGCGGCUCUAUCAGUAUCGUGGCGCUCCGGCAGCUAGUCUCCGACUUCACCACUGUUUUAAAGGACUUCAACAACGCCAACCUGUCCAUCGAAAUCGGCAAAUACAUGCUCGAAUUGCUCGCAAACCAGCAAUCCACCUUCCACGAUCAAGCCGCCGAUAUUAGGUUUUUGAUUGCGGAUGGACACGAACAUAAUGAGGACAACCUGGAGGCUGCAAAAAUCUUGGCCGAGAUUCCUCUCGACAGCGCUCAGCGCAAGGUGACCAAUGAAGACCGCGCCAAGAUUUGGAUACGCAUCGUGCGCAACUACCUCGAAGUCGACGACACCACCACUGCAGAGACCUACCUCAACAAGCUCAAGAACAUCAUCUACACAGUCAGCGAUCCCGCCUUGAAUCUACACUUCAAGCUUUCGCAGGCUCGCAUUCAAGAUGCCAAGCGUUCAUUCUUGUCGGCAAGUCAGGCGUACCAUGAAAUCAGCUUCUCGACGGCCGUCUCCGAAGACGAGCGUCUGCUCACCCUGAGCAUGGCUAUCAAGUGCGCCAUUCUGGCACCGGCUGGUCCAAUGCGAAGCCGUGCGCUUGGAAGACUGUUCAAGGACGAGCGCGCUGCCAACCUGGAGGAGUUUGGCAUUCUCGAAAAGAUGUUCUUUGACCGCCUACUCUCCCGGGACGAGGUUGACAAGUUUGCCCAGAGUCUGUCUCCUCAUCAACUCGCCACCACGUCGGAUGGAUCCACAGUCCUCGCAAAGGCCGUGGUUGAACACAAUUUGCUGGGCAUUUCGCGCCUCUACAGCAACAUUGGCUUUGAGGCACUGGGUGUGCUACUCGGUCUCGAUCCGGAAAAGGCAGAGGACACCACGGCCAAGAUGAUCGAGCAGGGAAGACUGGUGGCCAGGAUUGAUCAGAUUGACGAGAUUAUCUGGUUCGAGGGCGGAGAGGCAUCGGGCGAGAAGGGCAGUGGUAGGGCUGAAGUGACGGUAGGCAAGGAGAUGCGGCGGUGGGACUCCAACGUACAAGGUUUGGCCGAAGAGGUUGAAAAUAUUACGAAUACCUUGCAGACACAAUUUCCAGAGUUUGUUCUUGCAAACCUGGUAGUGUAA